UCCAUUUCGGCAACAUUAUGAUAAAGUUACAAUGAACCGAGAACGGGACAAAGCGCAACAGAUGGUUUAUUAGAACAGGCGCGAAUAUCUUGCGUACCAAGUCAUGUAUGAAGCUGCUUUUAUUAUAUUUGCUCGCCUAAUCUAUGCUCGAUAUGAUGAUUAGCAGACAACUUUUCAAUUAGUCGUCAAUUCCCAAUUAGUCUCUCCUGACCUGACGUGUACAAUGGCCAAAAUAAACCUCACUCAGUUGAUUUUCCUCCUUUUGGCGCUCGAAAAUACGCUGGCGGAGCAAACUGCGGCGUGUCAGACAACCACCAGUUGGUACAACGGCACAAAAGUACAAUGGCCCAGUACCACCUCCUCCACCCUAUCCCAGCCGCCUUGCGUUGGCCAAAACAAGGAAUUCCUCACCAGAAGGUGCCACCACGGAGUCUGGGGCCCUAAACCCAACUGUACCUACGUCCAGAAGGAAACAAUUCCCUGGUGUCCUGACGGUUUCACCGAAACCAACAACUUCUGUUACACAUUUAGCCAGAAAUCGACGUUUCCGCCCAAGUGUCCCUUCACCAACACUGUGCCUUUUGGUAGUUACAUCAACAGCGACGUCCAGUUACCUGACGAACCCAUCUGGGUGCCAGUCAAGCGCGACUUUAGGAAUAAUGGGCUUGGGUUCCUCCAAUGGGUUGAAGAUAGUGAACGAUACGGGGAGAUAUUUGAAACGACACUUAUCAUAGAUGGGGGAAUAAUAAAGGGCAAAGAUUGCGUUUUCUACUACAAGAACACCUACACUUUGACUUCGUGUAAUGAAACGUUCCGGGGGGUUUGCGUGUAUUCAAUGCUGUUCGAGAUUAGUAGAGAACUGUGUGAGGAAAAGCCGGGAGAUGACUGUCGUGUGAGCGAUUUUGGGUCGCAAGCAAAGUGUUUCUGUGUUGGAACAAGUGCGAUAGAUCAGGCGCUUUUUCCCAAAGUUGAGUUUACGAAAAUCUAUCACAACAGAGUGUACGAACUGCUGACUGCCGAUAUUUGCACCAUAGGGCUGGAGAGAGUCAAUGGUACUUACAUUUGGACCAACUCCAGGCGGGAAAUUGACUACACCCUGUGGUCAGAAGACGUAAAGUUUAGUUACACCCACGGUGCCAUGAGCACCCAAAGAUGGCUGCUAACCCAAGAACCACUUUCGUGUUUUAUUUACGAAAAACCAUUAAACUUGCCCGAACCUGGGCUAAACCUCGCCCUUAACCACACUGACAAUUAUUUAAUCUUAACUAUCACUAACCCAAAAAGUUUGAAACCUUUAGUUUAUUGUUUCACUGACGCCGGUUCUAGUCUAAUUUAUCGCUACCCUUUAACUGCCUUAGCAAAUUGUUCAGAAAAACUAGAUUGUUACCGCUUUUCGGUUUUUAAGACAGGUCCUGGUCAUUACUGGUGUCACUCCUUUAAACACUUUGACCCCACUCCGGUAUCAAGCGGAGAGAUUUUCGUCAAUCAGGGUCAAUUUGGGCCUGAGUUUGUUGCAAUUGUGACCGAGAAAUACCCGAACGGGACCAACCCUUUGAACGACAUAGCUAUCACUUCUUUCUUGGGAUUUUUCCUAAACUUGGUGUCAUACUCACGAAGAGUUAUGAAAAUCGUCGACUUGGACGAGGAAAUUAACCAAGUCACAGUUAACGUCCAUUUUACGUACACAAACCUAACGGAAACCCUCUCAAUUGUGGAAGAAUUUGCAAGGGUUAAAAACCUACUUUCUGAGACAUUGGCCUCGUUAGAAGGAAUAACAAUCGAAAUGAUUGAUUUCCUGAGCGCCACACAUUGUCUCCCUGAGGGACGUUGGCCCCAGACUGAAAUCGGACGCAAAGCAGUUGGUGUCUACUGUUUCAGCAGUGAAGGAAUUUUGAUUGAGAGAAAAUGUGAGGGUAAUUUUAUCGACGGGGCGCGUUGGUCUCCUUUCGAAGCGUGCGAUUUUGCAAAUGUGACUUCCGUGACCGAGCUUUUGCUAGCUCUGCUCUUUGACUUCGACCCGAACGACCUGGAGGACAUCCUCGUGCGGUUUGACGAAUUCACAAGUUUCGACAUCUACCUAAUCCUGGUACUUGUGAGUGACCAUUUGGAGAUCCCGGCCGAGAAGUUUGUGCAAAUCAUUGACCAGAUCCUGGAGGUCGAUCGGAGUGUUUUGGCCGAGGGACAGCGCAAAAUGAGAGUCAUGGACUUGCUUUUGGACGUUAUAGACCUGGCUGCUGGGCGCCAUGACCUCAACUCUGCCAACUUCCUCACAGUUUCCCUAAACGCCCCAAAUGUGUCUGGGCUCGGUUUGCUCGCAAACCACACCCUUGUUGAGCUCAAUCCUGGCAAUACCCUGAACGAGCUUUUGGAGAGUGACGAAGUCGAGAGCGCCGUUUGGGUGAAUUCGCUUCUGUGCAAAGACCAGGUUGAGGAGGUCAUUUUCAAAUUCUACUUCAACGAUGUUUUUUUCCUGGGGCUUGAAAAAGCUGGCCCCACUGUUGGGGUAAUGUUCCCCCACAGUAAAAGCGAGUACCAAGUACGAAUUUUCCACCGGGUGACAACUCCAUUAGCAAUAAAAGAAGUUUGUGCGUACUGGAGUCAUGAUUUGGAUCGGCCAGAAGGGCGCGGAUCGUGGGUCAAAACCGGGCUGAGCCAAACGGCCCCGUUUCUACUUUUUUGCAACUUUACCCAAAGUGGGAGUUCAAUCUUGACGUUCCUUUCCCCAGGCAACCAGAACGUGUCCGAAGACCUGGAGGGCAUCCUGGCCUCGAACUACACCGGGAGCGAGAUCAUCAGCAAACUUGUGAUAAUUUCGCAACGCUAUGACGAGUUUUCCUCGUACGACGUGUACCUUGUUGGCGAAAUUUUGAAAAAAGUGAGCGACAGCUCCGAUAUAGUCUUGCAAGAUCUGGUGCAAAUCGUGAGUAACUUGCACCUUAUCCAACGCCCGAUCUUGUCACAAAGCCAGGACAAGGCGAGAUCAACCGACUCAAUCCUGCACAACAUCGACACAAUCCUCAAAAACCUGGAUUUCAACACGUCAAUGAACGCAACUUCGGAAAAUUUCUUCGUCUUGAUCACCGACUUGACGGAGACAAACUUCAGCGGCUUGGUUCUCCUGGACAGCAACCAAACGCUGGAAGUACGGAUUUUGACCACUGGUGAUGUCCUAAAACCUGGCCAGUUCUCCAGUGCCGUGCUGCUAAGUCCAGGCUUGAGGGACCAAAUCGAGGGGGGGAAAGUCGUAGUAACGAUUUUCUCAACCGAUGGUUUGUUCAACGAAAAUGUGGGCAAGACCAGGACUGUUAGUAAAAUCUUCGGUGUGAUUCUUCCCCAAGUUGAAAGCUUCUCGGAACCGGUUGUGGUGAUCCACAAAAUGGAAAGUACCAACAAACAGUGCGUCCACUGGAAGUACAAUAACCCAGGCAAUGUUUCGGGGUUUUGGAUGGAAGACAGCAAGGGGUUAAGUCUUGAAGACUGGAGCCAGUGCGAGUUCUGGCACACCACCCACUUUGCGCUUCUGCUCCUGGACGAGGACCGGUACGAUUCCGAGCUUCUGGACUGGAUCACGAUGGUUAAUUGUGCCUUGUCUGGGCUUGGUCUUGCCGGCAUCAUCCUCACAGCUGUGUUGUUCAAGCGCUGGAGGGCCAACACUGGCAACCAGAUUCUCCUCAAUUUUGUGUUUGCUUUGCUGCUCCAAAUUGUGGUUUUCUACGCUUCCAGCGCCAUCAAGGAAGACAACAGUUACCUCCACUGCACUAUUAUCGGAAUAGUUUUACAUUAUUCAGUCGUUUCGCAAUUUUGUUGGAUGUUUGUUAUUGCAAUCUUGCAAUUCAAACGUUUUGUUGAAGUUUUCGGGGGUCCCCCUAAAUACAUAAUCCUGAAAGGUUGUCUGUGUGGCUGGGUCUUGCCAUGUCUUCCCGUGGCAAGUGUUUAUUUCUUGGACCGGGAUAAUUACGUCAAUGGUCAUGCGGGACUUUGCUACCCUUCAGGUGUUGGGUUAUACCUGGGCGUUUGGCUCCCAGUCUUGAUUGUUGUCGUCAUAAAUCUUGUCAUUUUCCUCUACAUAAUAUACAGUGUGGUGCACAAAAAAACCGAAUGUUCUGAUGUUGGUAAUAACGAGGCGAUGUUUCAGUGGAGACUUGCUGUUUUGCUCUUCUUUAUGUUGGGCCUGACUUGGGCCUUUGGCUUCUUGUCAGAGCUGGAUUUUGGGCUCGUUUUCGUCUACGUGUUUUGCAUUUCGGCGACGUUGCAAGGCUUCAUCAUGUUCCUGUUCUUCAUCGUUUUUAAUUCCAAUACGAGAUAUUUGUACACAAGUGCUUUGAAAAAGUGUUGCCAUAAAAAGAAGUACUGAGUUGGAGUGUUGUUGUAUGAUAAGUUAUCACUAGCAUAUGCACUAUCUGAUUUGAUUGCGAAAAUUGUUAUAUAAAACGUUGAUAAGCUUUGUAUAAAGGUGCAAAAUAAACGUACAAGAAAGAA